AUGAGCACAGCCCUCAGCCUGAGUCAAUCAUCUAUCGAUGGCUUCCAGGAUCUUUUGUCAAAUCUCAGAGGCAGUGCCCCUCGAUUCCUCCAGCAGAUGCCUCCCUCGACAAUCGAGAUACAGCUUGGAAAGUUCAGAGUCUGGUGCGGAAAUCUUGGUGCUUUGCAGACGGGCUAUUCCUCGCUUGAUUACAGGUUGAGAGAGUCGGUUCUCAUGCACAAAAACAUCUCACAACUUCUCCAACAGCUUGUCACAGAAUUGGAAGAGUCUACCGAUGUCGUAUCAGGGGAAAGGCUUCCGUUCGAUGAGGAGUCUAUCCCGUCAGAUCUAAGCGAAGAAUCCGACGAUGACACAAGCAACGAUGACUUUCCAUCAACAGAGCUAUCUAUGAGGGUUGCAAGUAUUACUGACAUUGUCAACAACCUAUACCGAUUAUCCUACAAGAUCCGCAACUCUGGUCUGCGCCCCAGCUCAACCAGGGCCAGCUUGAUCCAAGCGGUGGACAAUGAGACAGGGAUCGAUCUCUUCGAUACGCUUUAUGAGUUUGAAUCAAGGCACCUGGUUGAACUUCUCACAGCCAUGCGUCAAGGAAAGCCUGAAGACGUUGAAUCUUCCGAUGCUCUACUCGAAAGACUCGCAACAUCUAAUGUCUUACGUCGGAAGCAAUUUCGAUAUUGGGAAAGGCAUGCUAGAAAGCUUGGUGUUCAAGUUCUCCAGGUGCAUCGGAUGCCUAUCAGAGAAAGGCCCGCGGCAUCAGAAGCUUCAGAGGACGUGGGACUUCUACAAGCGCAGCGCCUUGAGCUCGCUCCCCCAUUGGAACAGAGUCACCUCUCUGGGACUAAUACGACACCGUAUGACCCCGCCCUAGAUGAUAGAACAGAGAUACAAACCAUACUAUCACUGGCCUCGACUGCCCUCGAUGUCGACGGAAAAGGGAUUGAGGUCCCCAAGCCUCCAGAGGAGGCACUGAAUGGGGACUCGUUCACCUGCCCUUACUGUUGGGUGGUAUGCCCCCCGAAGGAAGGGAGGGGAAAGACCUGGAAAUCGCAUGUCCUCCAUGACUUGAGACCUUACGUAUGCACGUAUGAAGCAUGCAAUUCCGCCAACGAUCUUUACCAGUCGAGAAAAGCGUGGGUAGAUCACGAAGAAGCUGUGCAUCGACCUAGUUGGCGAUGCCGCGAUCACCCUGACGCUUUGUAUGCGACAGCUGCUGAUUUCAAGCGCCAUCUGUUGCGAGAGCAUGAUAGAGGUCUUUCCGGUGAACAGCUCGAGGACUUAGCCGCCGUCUCUAGAUUAGGCCGCGUUGAUGACCGUGAUAUUUGUCCCAUAUGCUUCGAAGAACAGCCGUUCCCCAAGGGCCUGACCAACCAUUUAGCCAACCAUCUUGAGCGAAUUGCAUUGUUCUCUCUGCCAAGAACGAUAUCGAGUGAUGAAAAGAACAUGGGUGAAAGUCAGUUAUCCAAAUUGUUCAAUAUUGACUCUGACGAUUCCUCCACAACAGAAGGAUCUGAAGAAGAAGAAGACGAAGAAGCAGAAAAGGAUCCGUCAGGCACCGAGUGGAAUGCCACUAAAAUCCUGUCGUAUCCCCCUGAGCUGAAGGAGCUACUUGGGAUGUUGCAAUAUUAUGCAGCGCUCUUCAUGACAAUAAAAUCCGAUCUCAGUGAAAUAAGCGGAACUCUGGGCGGCCACGACAAGUUUGCAUUUGAACUAGCCUCGAAUGAUGCUGGGAGAUGUUUGUUAAUGACAAAACAGCUCUUCGAAUGUGACUUGAGGAUUAAUGUAACCACGCCAGACGGUAAUAGUUUGACAAAGAUACUGAGGGACAUACGGGGAUUUCUUGAUAUAUCUAGGAUAGAGCUUCACAAAGUUCAUGAGAAGAACUUGGAAGACCAACAGACACAAAUCGCGAUAGUUACUGAAGCAAUGGGAGGACUAGGAAUCGUUCAUGAUAUUCUUGAAGGAAUACUCCAGGUACUUGAAGGAUCCAUUACCUUAACUGCCGGCCUCAACAAAGUCGGAGAGUAUCAAAGCAUUUUAACAACCUUGUUCGGAGUUGAGAUGGCAUCGGAUUCAAGGUGUACUCAGCUUAUGAUCGAACCCAUUGAACACCCACCGCAUAUGUCUUCUGAGAUGGCAGAGGCUCCGAAAUCUGAUGAGACAUUAGACGAUUCGGAUUAUGAUGAGACGUCAGAAAAUUCGGAGUACGAAGAGGUGCUGGAUCCUCGUAAGCACGGAAACGCCAUUAGCAAACUUACAAGGUGUUCAAAACUCUCUGGCCUGAGCCUGGCGCUGAAAUUCCGUCUAGGGUCGGUGAUCAUAUUCUCGACACUGAUCACACUAUAUAUGUCCACUUUCUUCGAUUCAUUGUUAUCGCAAAUGACUCUGGUCAUUGCACAUGCUUACCAAUCACAACAUAUGAAAAUCAAGGAUUGA